AUUAGAUAUAUAUAUAUAUAUAGAAUAUCUCUCUACUGAUCUAUACUGCAAGUCACUUUGGUUGUGUCACUUUGGUUGUGCCAGGUUUUGAAUAAUUUCCGCAAGAAAAUGCAGGGAAACAGUAAAAAAACAGCGCUGGAGCAGCUGGGGGUCUCCUUCGACAAACCCAAGUACCCCACCUACUCAGUUUUAGCAACGCGGAUCACUACAUUUUCAAAUUGGACCCAUCACCAACCCAUGGACAAAAUGGCGAAGGCCGGAUUCUACUAUACAGGCAAUGGAGAUAAUGUCCGGUGUUUUUUCUGUGGAAAUGGUUUAGAGAAUUGGGAAAAGGAAGAUGACCCAUGGGUAGAGCAUGCGCAUUGGUUCCCAAAAUGUGUAUUCCUUCUCCAAUGUAAAGGCAACAGUUUUGUCCAAAAAGUUCAACAAAUCCUGGCACAACGACAGUCUUCACAGACAAAGAACUACGAAACGGGAAAUUACCAACAGUACCAGGAAGAGAGGGGCGUGGUUAGUUCUCCUAGCUCUCCCGAGUGUUCACUACAAAGCGUGGCGGCAAUCACAGCCCUACAAAUGGGAUAUUCAGAAGUGUUAGUCAGGAAAGCUAUUAGCGUAUGGAACUCCCGACAGAGUUCGGAGAGUUUCACUGUGACAGAAAUUGUCAAUGUCAUUUUAGAUUUACAAAACAGUGACUCUGGGUAUGGCUCAUUAGAGGAUUUGCAACAAAAAAAUGUAUCUGAAGGUGAGAAUGUGACAAAAACUUCUGAAUCAAAUGCAAGUGACUUAUUAGAAAACAUUGAAAACAAAUCUGUGGAAAACGUCAAAUCAAAAUCAACAGACCGUGAAAACUGUGACUCGGGUUAUAAUUCCGAAGAUGAAAACGAAAGGACUGAUAGUUCUGCGAAUUCGAAUGGAGAAACGGAGAAACUUCGAGCUGAGAACAAACAACUACGAGACACACUGAUCUGUAAAGUUUGUAUGGACAACACGGUCAGCGUCAUUUUUCUGCCAUGCACUCAUAUGGUAACAUGUUCACAGUGUUUUCCCGCCAUGAAGCAGUGUCCAAUUUGUAGGUCAGACAUUAAAGCUAUUGUCAAAGCGUAUUUAGUUUAGGCAAGUUUUAUAUUUGAUCUGGUAUGAAUGUUUACUUACAAAGUUACAACGGACAAUGUUCUUAUAUCUACUAUUUGUAAAAAAAACAAAACAACUUUAAUGUCUCAUGCAAUUGCUAUUAUGUCAGUGCAUAGCAAUUAUAUGCCUUAUUAAAAAAAAGUCAGGAAAUGGUGGAACAAUAUCAAA